AUGGGUGAGACAAAGGAGAACGAUGCCUACGAAGAAGAGCUCCUCGACUACGAUGAGGAAGAAGAAAAAGCCCCCGACUCAGUCGGAGCUAAAGCUAACGGCGAAUCCGUCAAGAAGGGUUAUGUUGGUAUACACAGUUCCGGAUUCAGAGACUUCCUCUUAAAGCCCGAGCUUUUACGUGCUAUUGUGGACUCCGGAUUUGAACAUCCAUCAGAAGGCAAGCAUUUACACACACCCAUAUAUAUAUUUCUUUGCUGCAUACCUCAAGCUAUUCUGGGAAUGGACGUCAUCUGCCAAGCAAAAUCUGGUAUGGGGAAGACAGCUGUGUUUGUUCUUUCAACACUGCAGCAGAUUGAACCUGUAGCAGGACAAGUUGCAGCCCUUGUUCUGUGCCAUACAAGAGAAUUAGCUUACCAGGCAUGUACUAUUCAUAUCUGCCACGAAUUUGAAAGGUUCAGCACAUACUUGCCAGAUAUUAAAGUCGCUGUUUUCUAUGGGGGUGUCAACGUUAAAAUCCACAAAGAUCUUUUAAAGAAUGAAUGCCCUCACAUUGUUGUUGGAACACCUGGGAGGAUACUUGCUCUGGCAAGAGACAAGGAACUGUCGCUCAGGAACGUGAGGCAUUUCAUUCUGGACGAGUGUGAUAAGAUGCUCGAAUCGCUUGAUAUGAGGAGGGACGUGCAGGAGAUCUUCAAAAUGACCCCACAUGACAAGCAAGUUAUGAUGUUUUCUGCUACCCUCAGCAAGGAAAUUCGACCUGUCUGCAAGAAAUUCAUGCAAGAUCCUAUGGAAAUAUACGUCGAUGAUGAGGCCAAGCUGACCCUCCAUGGUCUUGUACAGCACUACAUCAAACUGAGUGAAAUGGAGAAGAACCGGAAGCUGAAUGACCUUCUUGAUGCGCUGGAUUUCAACCAAGUUGUCAUCUUUGUCAAAAGUGUCAGUAGAGCAGCCGAGCUGAAUAAGUUGCUUGUUGAGUGUAAUUUCCCAUCCAUAUGCAUCCACUCAGGCAUGUCCCAAGAAGAGAGAUUGACUCGGUAUAAGGGAUUCAAAGAGGGGCAUAAGAGAAUUCUAGUAGCCACAGAUUUGGUCGGCCGUGGAAUCGACAUUGAACGAGUGAACAUUGUGAUUAACUAUGAUAUGCCAGAUUCUGCUGACACUUACUUGCACAGGGUGGGUCGAGCAGGAAGGUUUGGCACAAAAGGGCUUGCCAUCACAUUUGUUUCUUCGGCAUCUGAUUCAGAUGUACUUAAUCAGGUGCAGGAGAGGUUUGAAGUCGAUAUCAAAGAGCUUCCUGAGCAGAUUGAUACAUCCACAUACAUGCCAUCUUAG